AUUGGCCCGAGCGCCAGUGGUGAGAUCACGCGUCCCCCCUCUGAACACGCCUCUAAGGACCGCCGCCUUGGAAACGAGGCGUGCCCAAAGCGCUCAUGGACCAACUCUCCGAUGCGAUUGGCUAAUGUAUCGGAUGACGCAUUCCCGUGCCAUCUCUCGAAGCUCAUACAGAAGGAUGCCUGCUCUCCAUUGGUCUCAGCCCGAAAGCUGUCUCUCAAGCGAGCAGGACCAUUUGGGAGCACUUGUGUGCAUGUAACUUAUUUAUUGUAUCAAUAAAAAUAUGCACACUGUAUAGGCUAAUCUAUACUCGGGCUCAAAUUCAUCUUCAGACAGAAACCGGCAUUUAAAGCAAGGACGAUCCGUUGCAAGCGAGGGCUGACACCGGCUAUUAACGGUAUCCAUUCAGGCGUCUUUGACACUUUCUGACACAGGUAAGCAGUCUCCGAUCCUAUUGAACCUGCUUGUGUAUUUACACCUUUGUGGACUUGUGCCCAAUAUUUCCGCUGGAUCGUUGAAUAGGCCUAUUUAUAAGGUUUGUUGUUGCAAAUGCUGGGAUUGCACACACAGGCAGUCAGUGACAUAGAUAUGGCUGCCAUCGUCCUCUUUUAGCAGUAGAGACAUUAUGUAAUAUGGUAAAAUAGACGCCGCUAUUACUAAGCCUACAAUAUGUUUGCAAUAAAUGGUUUGUUGGUUAGAAAAUGCAUGCAAAUACUAUUUAGGCUACAACAUUCGGAUUGGUGUGGUUGUUCCGGGUGCGUUAUCUUGCAUUUGUAGCAGCGCUCGCACACCCGUUUAGAAAGCUCGCUCUAGUACGGAAUCCGAUACAGUUUGUCGGAUAGAUAGAGCCGUCUCUUUGUAGCCUAGGCUAUACUAUAGUAUAGCUAGAUAGAGCCGUCUCCGUAUAGCUUACUGUAUUUGCUGUAGCUGGUGUUUCUUCCAGCUUUAGUUAGCAACGAUAGACAGCGACUGUUCUCGCUAUGGAGGUCGGAUGAUGUUUGAAUUUCAUCCAUGAUGAUGCCUAUGAUGAGGCCAUGAUCGUCCCUUUCUAUUGGUUGAUGCUGCCAGCUGGUGCCUAUGGUGUCUGCCGCUGACUCAUCCGUCGCUCUGGUGAAACUUGUUGAUCAAGGUUGUGAUAUUUUUUUUUAUAUCUCCUUGAAAGCGUAAAGGCUUAAUUAGUCAUUUUUCUGCUUUGGACUUCAACAUGUUGUUUCAGUCAUAGCUUCCAGGGAAUAGCCUAUUUUUUAACUGAACUGUAAAGAUGGACAAGUAUUUCCUGAAUUCCUCUUGCAUCAGAAAGUGUAGAUAGCCUAAUCCCUGUCCCCUCCUAUGCAUCAUGACACCACCCUUGUUCUACAGUCAGUACCCUAUAGGUAUAGAGGCAGUAUAUAGUACAGUCAGUACCCUAUAGGUAUAGAGGCAGUAUAUGGUACAGUCAGUACCCUAUAGGUAUAGAGGCAGUAUAUAGUACAGUCAGUACCCUAUAGGUAUAUAGUACAGUCAGUACCCUAUAGGUAUAGAGGCAGUAUAUAGUACAGUCAGUACCCUAUAGGUAUAGAGGCAGUAUAUAGUACAGUCAGUACCCUAUAGGUAUAGAGGCAGUAUAUAGUACAGUCAGUACCCUAUAGGUAUAGAGGCAGUAUAUGGUACAGUCAGUACCCUAUAGGUAUAUAGUACAGUCAGUACCCUAUAGGUAUAGAGGCAGUAUAUAGUACAGUCAGUACCCUAUAGGUAUAGAGGCAGUAUAUAGUACAGUCAGUACCCUAUAGGUAUAUAGGCAGUAUAUAGUACAGUCAGUACCCUAUAGGUAUAGAGGCAGUAUAUGCUACAGUCAGUACCCUAUAGGUAUAUAGUACAGUCAGUGCCCUAUAGGUAUAGAGGCAGUAUAUAGUACAGUCAGUGCCCUAUAGGUAUAGAGGCAGUAUAUAGUACAGUCAGUACCCUAUAGGUAUAUAGGCAGUAUAUAGUACAGUCAGUACCCUAUAGGUAUAGAAGCAGUAUAUGGUACAGUCAGUACCCUAUAGGUAUAGAGGCAGUAUAUGGUACAGUCAGUACCCUAUAGGUAUAGAGGCAGUAUAUAGUACAGUCAGUACCCUAUAGGUAUAGAAGCAGUAUAUGGUACAGUCAGUACCCUAUAGGUAUAUAGUACAGUCAGUACCCUAUAGGUAUAGAGGCAGUAUAUAGUACAGUCAGUACCCUAUAGGUAUAGAGGCAGUAUAUGGUACAGUCAGUACCCUAUAGGUAUAGAGGCAGUAUAUGGUACAGUCAGUACCCUAUAGGUAUAGAGGCAGUAUAUAGUACAGUCAGUACCCUAUAGGUAUAGAGGCAGUGUAUAGUACAGUCAGUACCCUAUAGGUAUAGAGGCAGUAUAUGGUACAGUCAGUACCCUAUAGGUAUAGAGGCAGUAUAUAGUACAGUCAGUACCCUAUAGGUAUAGAGGCAGUAUAUGGUACAGUCAGUACCCUAUAGGUAUAGAGGCAGUAUAUAGUACAGUCAGUACCCUAUAGGUAUAUAGUACAGUCAGUACCCUAUAGGUAUAGAGGCAGUAUAUAGUACAGUCAGUACCCUAUAGGUAUAGAGGCAGUGUAUAGUACAGUCAGUACCCUAUAGGUAUAGAGGCAGUAUAUAGUACAGUCAGUACCCUAUAGGUAUAGAGGCAGGAUAUAGUACACUCAGUACCCUAUAGGUAUUGAGGCAGGAUAUAGUACAGUCAGUACCCUAUAGGUAUAGAGGCAGUAUAUGGUACAGUCAGUACCCUAUAGGUAUAUAGUACAGUCAGUACCCUAUAGGUAUAGAGGCAGUGUAUAGUACAGUCAGUAUCCUAUAGGUAUAGAGGCAGUAUAUAGUACAGUCAGUACCCUAUAGGUAUAGAGGCAGUAUAUGGUACAGUCAGUACCCUAUAGGUAUAUAGUACAGUCAGUACCCUAUAGGUAUAGAGGCAGUGUAUAGUACAGUCAGUACCCUAUAGGUAUAGAGGCAGUAUAUAGUACAGUCAGUACCCUAUAGGUAUAGAGGCAGUAUAUGGCACAGUCAGUACCCUAUAGGUAUAUAGUACAGUCAGUACCCUAUAGGUAUAGAGGCAGUAUAUAGUACAGUCAGUACCCUAUAGGUAUAGAGGCAGUAUAUAGUACAGUCAGUACCCUAUAGGUAUAUAGUACAGUCAGUACCCUAUAGGUAUAGAGGCAGUAUAUAGUACAGUCAGUACCCUAUAGGUAUAUAGUAGAGUCAGUACCCUAUAGGUAUAGAGGCAGUAUAUGCUACAGUCAGUACCCUAUAGGUAUAUAGUACAGUAAGUACCCUAUAGGUAUAGAGGCAGUGUAUAGUACAGUCAGUACCCUAUAGGUAUAGAGGCAGUAUAUAGUACAGUCAGUACCCUAUAGGUAUAGAGGCAGUGUAUAGUACAGUCAGUACCCUAUAGGUAUAGAAGCAGUAUAUGGUACAGUCAGUACCCUAUAGGUAUAGAGGCAGUAUAUAGUACAGUCAGUACCCUAUAGGUAUAGAGGCAGUAUAUAGUACAGUCAGUACCCUAUAGGUAUAGAGGCAGUAUAUAGUACAGUCAGUACCCUAUAGGUAUAGAGGCAGUAUAUAGUACAGUCAGUACCCUAUAGGUAUAGAGGCAGUAUAUAGUACAGUCAGUACCCUAUAGGUAUAUAGUACAGUCAGUACCCUAUAGGUAUAGAGGCAGUGUAUAGUACACUAUACACAAAUUGUAAAGAAAGGUUUCGGUAUAUAUGAGAAUAUUUGGUAUAGUAAAUAGAGUGACUGAAACGCAGCGAAUGUUUUUUCCCGUGAACAAAUGUCCAAUCUGUCCAGUCAGUGUGUGUGUUUUGAGAUCCUACAUCAGAUACAGUAUAUUGUUCUAUGGCCAAUAAAGGCUAAUAAUAAUUUGCUAAUAUAGGCUACUGUAUUUGACUCACGUAUGUAGUGUAACCACGUGUCUGACUCUGAAACUAUCUCGGACUAAAUUGCUUGUUCAUGAGCUUGGGAAGUAGCACAGUUGUGUGAUUUUGACAAAUGGGCUCGGUCUGGUCUCCACCCUGGUUGGAGUCAGUGUUUCUGUAUGGGUGACUGUACUCUCUACCUUCCAGGAAGUUUUCCUCCUCUGUUGACUUUGUCAUCGUCACCACAGUAAAAAGAUAAAAGAGCACAUCAGUUUUAACUAAUAGAUGACUACGCUAUAAAGUUGAAGGGACACUGCAGUCCAAAAUGACAAAUAAUACAAGCUAUUUUUCUGGUCAUUUGUCAACCUAGCUGUUGGUGUUUCUAUCCUCUCAGUGACUUUACUCAUUUCAACACUAAACAUUAGAACUGAUAGUAUUCUGAUCUCGUACGCAGGUUGCCACAAUACUGCUCUUCUCUUCUAGGAUCCACUCUCUGUUGCCUCUGUCAGAGUUGGAGUGGGACUUUCAGUGUUUCCUUUCUUUUUGUAUUUUUCUAAAGCACAUUCACCGUCCCCAACCCCAGCUCCACCAUGCUGACUGGUCUGUUCCGUAUGCACGGCAUGCUGGUGGCCUCCCACCCCUGGGAGGUGAUCGUAGGCACCGUCACCCUCACCAUCUGCAUGAUGUCCAUGAACAUGUUCACCGGCAACGACCAGAUCUGCGGCUGGAACUACGACUGCCCCAAAAUGGAGGAGGUACGGAACCUGGAUAGAUGGAUAAUACUGUGCGGGGGAGCUGGAGGGGAUACCUAGUCAGUUGCACAACCAAAUGUAUUCAACCGAAAUGUGUCUUCGGCAUUUAACCCAACUCCUCUGAAUCAGAGAAGGUGCGGGGGUCUGCCUUAAUCGACAUCAUCGGCGCCCGGGGAGCAGUUGUUGUUCAGGGUUAAUUGCCUUGCUCAAGGGCAGAACGGCAGAUUUUUUCACCUUGCCAGCUCAGGCAUUCGAACCAGCAACCUUUCGGUUACUGGCCGAACGCUCUUAACCGCUAGGCUACCUACCCGCCCCAUAGAGCCAUAGACUUAUGUAAGAAUGGCGGUAUAGGGUUAGGAAGGUUGGAUUAAAAAGGGAAAAGGGAGGGGUUUGAGGCAUAGAGGGGAAAAAGGGGGGAGGGACUGAGGAAAAGAGGAGUUGGUCGAUUGGGGCCGGAGGGAAGAGGAGGAGUGAAGGCCUUUGUCUUCUCUGCACCGUAUCGUAUCGGGACAUUCUUAGACUAGAGCUUUCCAGUGUAAUGUAAGACCUAUAGGGGCUUCUAGCAACCUAGUUUAGGGGCCUAUACUGUAGUGUACACUUUCACCUGGUACCAUAUAUGGUUUGGAGGGUACAUACACACUGUAUUCUUCAUUGAGUACAAGUAGGACACCUAACAAAAGGUAGCUUGUUCACAAUACAAAUCAAUUGUAUUUAAAGUGCAUUUUGUCUAUCAACUUGUCUAUUUCAUGACACACAGUAGUUAGGCAUACUUUCUGUUCAUAGUCGUUUUAGUUCAUUGAGUUAAUCAUCAUUGUUUCCUCAGUGAUUUUUUUAAAUGACUUUUAUGAUUGACUUACUUCAGUGAUUGUGUUGUCUCUGCCUCCCUUCCAGCUGGUUCUAAGCAGUGACAUCAUCAUUCUGACCAUCACACGGUGCAUAGCCAUCGUGUACAUCUACUUCCAGUUCCAGAAUCUACGGCAACUAGGAUCCAAAUAUAUUCUAGGUGAGCAUUUACUGUAAUUAUCCUGUAAAUAUACUGUAAAAUACACAGUCAAAUGAAUCUUGCAAGUGACAUAAAAUAUAUUCUAGGUCAGCAUUUUUUUAUACUGUAAAUACUAUGUACUGUAAACCUUACACUCAUGUGACAGUGUAAAGUAAAAGUAGCGUGUUAAUCUAAAGUGAAAUAUAUUACAAUAUCAAAAUAUAGUCUAGGCAAUCGUUGUCAUUCAGGGUUAAGCAAUAUUCAGUUAAAUAUACUGUAUUAUAAACGGGUCGUCCAAGCCCUGGAUGCUGAUUGGCUGAAAGCCAUGGUAUAUGAGACACUAUACCACAGGUAUGACGCAAAACGACUUGUUUACUGUUCUAAUUAACCAGUUUAUAAUAGCAAUAAGGCACCUCUGGGGUUUGUGGUAUAUGGCCAAUAUAUCCAGGCUAAGGCGCGUAUCCAGGCAGAGUAUAACACACCCCCUCGGGCCUUAUUGCUUAAAUAUAUACUGUAAAUUCAAUCUAGCAAGUUGCAAUUCUCACAAUAUCAACUUUGUUUUUAGGUAUCGCUGGACUGUUCACCAUAUUCUCCAGCUUCGUAUUCAGCACUGUCGUGAUUCACUUCCUGGAUAAAGAACUCACUGGCCUCAAGUAAGUAAACCCACAGUACAGUGCAACACACAACGUUUCUGUCAAUAUUGAUGUCGUAUGUUGAAUGUUCCCAAGCAUCCACACAUUGCUCCAGGUUUAGACACAGUUAGACACAGUCACAGUAGGCUAUAUAUUUUUUUCAGUGAAUGUAUGCUUUGGAUAAAAGCAUUUGAUAGGAUAUAUUAAUAAACUCUGAGCCUCAAUUUUCCUCUUUAGUGUUGAGAUUAGUCGGCCUAAUAUCACCAAGAUUUGUAAUGGAGGUAAUUUAACCAUUUGUGUAAUUACUAUAGAGGAGAGAAUGUUGCGCUCCGUUCAGUGCUACUCUGACACACAGUCCUCCAUGUUGUUCUCCAGUGAGGCCUUACCGUUCUUCCUGCUCCUCAUCGACCUCUCCAAAGCAUGCGCUCUCGCCAAGUACGCACUCAGUUCAAACUCACAGGUACAUUUCACCUCCUACUCCUGUGGAAACACGUCAGUAGUAAUAUACAAUACCUUAUUUGGUUAUUAUACAGCUGGUAUAUGCUAUUAUAAACUGGGUGGUUCGAACUCUCUAUGCUGAUUGGCUGACAGCCGUGGUAUACCACGGGUAUGACAAAACAUUUAUUUUUAAUGCUCUAAUUACAUUGGUAGCCAGUUUAUAAUAGCAAUAAGGCACCUCGGGGGUUUGUGGUAUAUGGCCAAUAUACCACGGCUAAGGGCUGUAUCCAGGCACUCCGCGUUACGUCGUGUUUAAGAACAGCCCUUAGCCGUGGUAGAUUGGCCAUAUACCACACCCCCUCGGGCCUUAUUGCUUAAUUAUAACAUAUUUCUGUGAUAGCGACAUACUGUAGUAGUUGACCCAUGUUGAAAAGGCUUAAAGGGUUUCAUAAAUACAUGUGAUUAAUUAAUUAAUUGAUUGAUUGAUUUAUUGAUUGAUUGGUUGAUUGAUUGGUUGAUUACCUGUGUAACAGGACGAGGUGCGCGACAACAUCGCCCGUGGCAUGGCCGUCCUGGGGCCCACGUUCACUCUGGAUGCCCUAGUGGAAUGCCUGGUGAUCGGGGUGGGCACCAUGUCAGGUAUGGAGGGGAGCAUGGAGCACCCUAUUCAUAUAUAGUGCACUACUUUUGACCAGAGCUGGCUCCACAGAGAAUAUAAUAUCAUUUUGGACGCAGUAUUACUGGAUCUUCCAGGCUUGAUUGAUUGAUGAACUGAUUGAUUGAUUUUCCAGGUUUGAUUGAUUGAUGAACUGAUUGAUUGAUCUUCCAGGUGUGCGUCAGCUGGAGAUCAUGUGUUGUUUUGGCUGCAUGUCUGUCCUGGCCAACUACUUUGUCUUCAUGACAUUCUUCCCUGCCUGCGUCUCCCUGGUCCUAGAGGUAAGGGUUAACACGCACACGCACACACACACCACACACACACACACACACACACACACACACACACACACACACACACACACACAGACACACACACACACACACACACACACACACCAUACAGAUACACACAGACACACACACACACAAAUGUCAAAUGAAAUAGGUGUAAAGUGAGAGCUGUAGAUGUGGAAGGAAAGGAGAGCCAUAGCAUGAGUGGAAAUCUACACUAAAUGCCUUUAAGCAACAUUAUGAGACAGACACUAAAUGCCUUUAAGCAACAUUAUGAGACAGACACUAAAUGACUUUAAGCAACAUUAUGAGACAGACACUAAAUGCCUUUAAGCAACAUUAUGAGACAGACACUAAAUGACUUUAAGCAACAUUAUGAGACAGACACUAAAUGACUUUAAGCAACAUUAUGAGACAGACACUAAAUGACUUUAAGCAACAUUAUGAGACAGACACUAAAUGACUUUAAGCAACAUUACGAGACAGACACUAAAUGACUUUAAGCAACAUUAUGAGACAGACACUAAUUGACAUUAAGCAACAUUAUGAGACAGACACUAAAUGACUUUAAGCAACAUUAUGAGACAGACACAGCGUCUAUGACAGGUUGAGUGUGUGUAUAUCCUGACUUGGUUGUGUGGCCUCUCUUCAGCUGUCCAGGGACAGUCAGGAGGGUCACCCCAUCUGGCAGCUGAGCCACUUCUCCCGCGUGAUGGAGGAAGAGGAGGAUAACAAACCCAACCCUGUCAGCCAGAGAGUCAAGAUGAUCAUGGUAAGACUACACUGCUGUGUGGUGUGUGGUGUGUGGUGUGUGUGUGUGUGUGUGUGGUGUGUGUGUGUGUGUGUGUGUGUGUGUGUGUGUGUGUGUGUGUGGUGUGUGGUGUGUGUGUGGUGUGUGUGGUGUGUGUAUGUGUGUGUAUGUGUGUGGUGUGUAUGUGUGUGUGUGUGUGGUGGUGUGUGUGUGUGUGUGUGUGGUGUGGUGUGUGUGUGUGUGUGUGUGGUGUGUUGUUAGCGUUGCUGUUAAUGUCUCUCUGUUUGCUCUGUAGUCUCUGGGCCUGUUAAUGUCUCUCUGUUUGCUCUGUAGUCUCUGGGCCUGUUAAUGUCUCUCUGUUUGCUCUGUAGUCUCUGGGCCUGGUAAUGGUGCACGCCCACAGCCGUUGGAUUGCCGACCCUCUCUCCCUCAACUCCAACCUGGACGUCCCCCAGGUGGGCUCCAUGUCCCUGGACGACCAUGUACCCAAGAGGAUCGACCCCGAGAGACCCCUCUGGCAGUUCUACAUGUCAAGGUGAGUUCUACCUGGAAUUUUAAUUCACUUCUGGAACUGACUGAAUUUAAAUGGAAUUGAUCCCAACCCUGGACUGUAACUUGACCAAUCAGUUUCAAUAGUGAAACGUAAAUGUAUGUGACAUUUUAUUUGAAGUACAGUCCGUCUUCUCUUCUGUUAUUUAAUCCAUUGUUCUCUUGUUCUCCCUCCAUCUGUUCUGUCCCCAGGUUGGUCAGCAUGGAUAUAGAACAGGUGAUCUGUCUGGGCCUGGCCCUGCUGCUGGCCGUCAAGUACAUCUUCUUCGAGCAAGUAGAGCUGGAGUCCACCCUGUCUCUGAAGAGCCCCAUGUCCCUGUCCCAGGGGCCUGACCGUGCCCCCCGCUGGGGCACAGACCAGUGCUGCAGGAAGGAGGUUGCCCCCUGCCCCCCCAAGUCCCCCCUCAGGCCCACCACCCCCACCACCACACCCCCCGCCCUGGCUGAGGCCACCAAGGAGGAGAGAGGUACGGCAGGGAGGAACAAGACGUGUUGUAGAGUGGUGUUAUGGUGGUUUGGAAAGGACUGUGAGAAAUGCAUUGAUGAGAAAUACGUUCAUAUAAGCUGGUAGCAUAGCUAGCAUACAUAAAUCGGUGGUGGAAGUCAGUCAUUUUUAACUGUAAUGCAGUUGAUUGGUGACGAUGACAUGAACAUAUAUUGGGGUUGACAUCUUUAUAAGCAUUAUACUCAGAUUUUUACCUCAUCAUAGUGUGAAAUACACAUAUAUACAAUAUCCUAAAUCUUGGCUAAUUUUGCUGGGGGGCAGUGAGGAGAUUCGGGAUCUUUCCCCCACGGGAUCUUUCCCCUAGCCGUUUCCAAUGCAUUUCCAUUGUUUUGGUCGAGUUCCAUUGACGUCUUUACUGCAUCUAUUGUCCAAUGUAUCGAUCAAUACAUUCCUUACAGCGCUGUCUAGCUCUAGAAUUACCACUCUCUCCCGAGUGACGCAGUGGUCUAAGGCACUGCAUCGCAGUGCUAGCUGUGCCAUUAGAGAUCCUGGUCCGAAUCCAGGCUCUGUCGUAGCCGGCCGUGACCGGGAGACCCAUGGGGCGGCGCACAAUUAGGGUAGGGGAGGGAAUGGCCGGCAGGGAUGUAGCUCAGUUGGUAGAGCAUGGCGUUUGCAACGCCAGGGUUGUGGGUUUGAUUCCCACAGGGGGCCAGUAUAAAAAAAGAAUGUAUGCACUCACUAACUGUAAGUGGCUCUGGAUAAGAGCGUCUGCUAAAUGACUUAAAUGUAGAAUAGAUUUAAACACGGUUCAACUCUUUUAGGGCUUUGCUCUGAACCCAUUGGUUAACUUAAUUAUCGUUCCUUUCCGUCCCUCUUUCCCCCUCCUCCCCUCUCUCCCUCCUCUCCCUCCUCCUCCCCUCCCUAGCCGAGGUGAUCCGGCCGCUGCCUGCCCCGACCACCGAACCCCAGCCCACCAAGAGGGUCUUCCGUCUGGGCUCUGUGGAGGAGGAGAGGGAGAGCCAGGUGGAGACCCCCAGAGCAGACCCCUCUCAGCCCGCUCAGCCCAGCCGAUCCUCAGACCCCAGACCACUGGAGGAGUGCCUGGCCAUCCUAAAAAACCCUGAGGUAUGGUGUGAUGUGUACUUACAUAGCUAUGGUCCACAUGCACGCUCACAUAAAUAUUACAUUGUAGAAUAAUAGUGAAGACAUCAAAACUAUGAAAUAACACACAUGGAAUCAUGCAGUAACCAAAAAAGUGUUAAACAAAUCAAAAUAUAUUUUAUAUUUGAGAUUCCUCAAGUUGCCACCCUUUGCCUUAAUGACAGCUUUGCACACUCUUGGCGUUCUCUCAACCAGCUUCACCUGGAAUGAUUUUCCAACAGUCUUGAAGUGUAAUGCAUUGAAAUAGAACUGACCCUCAACCCUGUUUCACAAUGACAAUCCAACGACAGUUUCUAUGGUGUCCAUCUGUAGGAGUAUUGGGUCUCUGUGCGGUAACCCGUUUCUACAGUCUAUGGGUUUAACUAUAUCCCUAACGAGCUUAACUCACUUUACUCUCUUAUGCUGAACCCAUUAGAGCAGGACAGUAAUAGAGGACGUACCUUCAGUGACUCCAUCGUCUGAUAGUCACCUGAUCUACCUCUGACCCAGUGGAGGCUGGUGGAGAGAGAACACGGAGGCCAGGCUUCUUUCCAGCCAUUACAAUGAGCCUGUCCUAUUUAAAGUUGUGGGGGGCGAUGAGGAGAUUCGGGAUCUUCACUCACGGCAUCUUUCUCCCACGUGUUUCCAAUGCAUUUCCAUUGUUUUGUUCGAGUUCCAUAGACCUCUUUACCACAUCUAUCAAAGGUAGAUCAGGUGACCGUCAGACGAUAGGUCACAGGUAGAUCAGGUGACCGUCAGACGAUAGGUCACAGGUAGAUCAGGUGACCGUCAGACGAUAGGUCACAGGUAGAUCAGGUGACCGUCAGACGAUAGGUCACAGGUAGAUCAGGUGACCGUCAGACGAUGGGUCACAGGUAGAUCAGGUGACCGUCAGACGAUAGGUCACAGGUAGAUCAGGUGACCGUCAGACGAUAGGUCACAGGUAGAUCAGGUGGCGUCAGACGAUAGGUCACAGGUAGAUCAGGUGACCGUCAGACGAUAGGUCACAGGUAGAUCAGGUGACCGUCAGACGAUAGGUCACAGGUAGAUCAGGUGACCGUCAGACGAUAGGUCACAGGUAGAUAAGGUGACCGGCAGACGAUAGGUCACAGGUAGAUAAGGUGACCGUCAGACGAUAGGUCACAGGUAGAUCAGGUGACCUAUUGGAUAUUUCAAUGUUAUUACAUACAUUUCUUAUCACCAAGAUCCAUUGCAUUGCAUAAUGCUCGAGACUGAGUGAAAAGUGCUUUAUACAUGCAUGUGUGUGUGUUUGUAUUUGAGUUAACAAAGUCUCUGUGUGUCCUCCACAGAUGGGAGCCCGAUUCCUGACUGAUGAUGAGGUGGUGGUUCUGGUGAACUCUAAACACAUCCCUUCCUACAAGCUGGAGGCCAUGAUGGAGAGACCAGAGAGAGGGGUAGCCAUCCGUAGACACAUGAUCUCCUCCAAGCUCCCCAACACCUCCGCUCUCUCCACUCUGCCCUACCUGGACUACGACUACUCUAAGGUGAGGCUUUCUAGGCUUCUGGCUGAAGUUGAUGUGUGAUUGAUACAGUAUGUACACCCAAAGGGCAUUAAAACAUCAAUGCUUGAUGCACAAAACAGUAAUUCAGUUCUUUGUUUUUAUUUACACAAACAGUACAGGAUGUAACGUUGAUGGAAACUGAAACCAAUCUUUGUUGAUGUUUUGGUUGCCAGGUGAUGGGGACCUGCUGUGAGAAUGUGAUUGGAUACAUGCCCGUUCCAGUAGGUGUGGCUGGGCCUCUUCACCUCGACGGGAAGCAGUUUCCAGGUCCCCAUGGCGACCACAGAAGGCUGCCUGGUGGCCAGCACCAACCGGGGCUGUCGCGCUAUCGCCGUGAGUUACAGAUACAGUGUUGCAUACUGCACUAGACAAUGGCUGUCCAAGAUAGAAUUACUGUACUGUAUACCAGUAACUACAUAUGGAAGUAUAUAUUAAACAGUACUACUACAAAUAAUCCAGUGAAGUAGCUGUAUCCAGUCUAUGACCACCCUGACCUUUCCUUAACCUUUGCCCCCUCUCCUCUCCCCAUCCCCCAGUUGGGUGGCGGUGCAAGCAGUCGUAUCCUGGCGGACGGGAUGACCAGGGGUCCUGUGAUUAGGUGCCCGUCGGCCUGCUUGGCUGCAGAGGUCAAGGGCUGGCUGGAGAGCACCGACGGAUUCCAGGCCAUCAAGGACGCCUUCGACCACACCAGCAGGUCAGAGGUCAAACUGUCUGGAAUAGAAAUACUUUAGAUUUAGGGGAUAUUGAGGAGGAGUGUCUCAGUUAUAGUCUCAGUUAUAGAAAUAGUAUAGAAAUAGAAUGUGGGUGGAGUCUGUUAUAAAGAAAUAGAAUGUGGGUGGAGUCUGUUAUAAAGAAAUAGAAUGGGCUUUUAUAAUAGUCUCCUGAGUGGCGCAGUGGUCUAAGGCACUGCAUCGCAGUGCUAGCUGUGCCACUAGAGAUCCUGGUUCAAAUCCAGGCUCUGUCGCAGCCGGCCGCGACUGGGAGACUCAUGGGCGGCGCACAAUUGGCCUAGCGUUGUCCAGGGUAGGGGAGGGAAUGGCCGGCAGGGAUGUAGCUCAGUUGAUAGAGCAUGGUGUUUGCAACGCCAGGGUUGUGGGUUCGAUUCCCACGGGGGACCAGUUUGAAAAAAAAAUAAUAUAUAUAUAUAAAUGUAUUCACUAACUGUAAGUCGCUCUGGAUAAGAGCGUCUGCUAAAUGACUUAAAUGUAAAAUAAAUCGUUCCACUCUAUAUAUUCUAUUUCUAUGGUCAACAUUUGAAAGCAGAUGUGAAGAGAGAAGACUGAUGGCCUCUUGUCUUUUGGUUGUGUUUCCAGGUUUGCUCGUCUGCAGAAGCUCAUGAUCGGUCUCGCUGGUAGAAACCUUUACAUCCGCUUCCAGUCCAGAACAGGAGACGCCAUGGGAAUGAACAUGAUCUCUAAGGUGUGUGUGCGUGCAUACGUGUGUGUGUGUGUUAGACAUUUAAUGUGUGUGUGAUUAUCAUGUGUCAUGUUAAUUAGCUGGUUAUUGUCUCCCUGUAUGUGUUGUUCUGUAUAUGUCCUGUGUGUGUUGUUCUGUAUAUGUCCUGUAUGUGUUGUUCUGUAUAUGUCCUGUAUGUGUUGUUCUGUAUAUGUCCUGUAUGUGUUGUUCUGUAUAUGUCCUGUAUGUGUUGUUCUGUAUAUGUCCUGUAUGUGUUGUUCUGUAUAUGUCCUGUAUGUGUUGUUCUGUAUAUGUCCUGUAUGUGUUGUUCUGUAUAUGUCCAGUAUGUGUUGUUCUGUAUAUGUCCUGUAUGUGUUGUUCUGUAUAUGUCCUGUAUGUGUUGUUCUGUAUAUGUCCUGUAUGUGUUGUUCUGUAUAUGUCCUGUAUGUGUUGUUCUGUAUAUGUCCUGUAUGUGUUGUUCUGUAUAUGUCCUGUAUGUGUUGUUCUGUAUAUGUCCUGUAUGUGUUGUUCUGUAUAUGUCCUGUGUGUGUUGUUCUGUAUAUGUCCUGUAUGUGUUGUUCUGUAUAUGUCCUGUAUGUGUUGUUCUGUAUAUGUCCUGUAUGUGUUGUUCUGUAUAUGUCCUGUAUGUGUUGUUCUGUAUAUGUCCUGUAUGUGUUGUUCUGUAUAUGUCCUGUAUGUGUUGUUCUGUAUAUGUCCUGUAUGUGUUGUUCUGUAUGUCCUGUAUGUUGUUCUGUAUAUGUCCUGUAUGUGUUGUUCUGUAUAUGUCCUGUAUGUGUUGUUCUGUAUAUGUCCUGUAUGUGUUGUUCUGUAUAUGUCCUGUGUGUGUUGUUCUGUAUAUGUGUGUAACCAGCAUUGUGUCUCCACCUCCUCAGGGAACAGAGCAGGCUCUGGCCAGGUUACAGGAGCAGUAUCCUGAGCUGGUGGUUCUGGCUGUCAGUGGGAACUACUGCACCGACAAGAAGCCUGCAGCCAUCAACUGGAUCGAGGGCCGGGGCAAGUCUGCUGUGUGCGAGGCCACCAUCCCAGCUAAAGUGGUCAAAGAGGUACACCACAGUUCAUACAGUUCUAUCUUGUAUUUACAUUUACAUUUUAGUCAUUUAGCACACACUCUUAUCCAGAGCGACUUACAGGAGCAAUUAGGGUUAAGUGCCUUGCUCAAGGGCACAGACAGAUUUUUUUUCAACUAGUCGGCUCGGAGAUUAGAACCAGCGACCUUUCGGUUACUGGCAUCUUUAUUUUCAUAUUUUUUUAUUCAAAAUGUAAUAUUGAUAGUCAUUCCAGAACUAGGUCAAGUACAUAUGUCAUAUUUGAGGUGUGCUUAAUUUGGCUAAGAGUUUGCACUUUUUUGACAAUUCCAUUGGUUCUAUUGAACCAGUCAAACUACAUCAAGCAAAGCUCAAGUAUUUGACCCAUGUCUUAGCUGAUCUAUGCACCAUGUUUCUAUGUCCGAGCCGAUCUAAGCACCAUGUUUCUAUGUCCGAGGCGAUCUAAGCACCAUGUUUCUAUGUCCGAGCCGAUCUAUGCACCAUGUUUCUAUGUCCGAGCCGAUCUAAGCACCAUGUUUCUAUGUCCGAGGCGAUCUAAGCACCAUGUUUCUAUGUCCGAGGCGAUCUACGCACCAUGUUUCUAUGUCCGAGGCGAUCUAAGCACCAUGUUUCUAUGUCCGAGGCGAUCUAAGCACCAUGUUUCUAUGUCCGAGGCGAUCUACGCACCAUGUUUCUAUGUCCGAUGCUUUGUGUAUUCAUGUCUUGAGUGUAUUUCCCCUGUCUAUUCUACCAGGUGUUGAAGACCAGCACUGAAGCCCUGGUAGAUGUCAACAUUAACAAGAACCUGGUAGGAUCAGCCAUGGCUGGAAGUAUCGGCGGCUACAACGCACACGCAGCCAACCUAGUGGCAGCCAUCUACAUCGCCUGUGGACAGGUGAGGGAGCACUGGAUUGGUCUUUUCAAAGGGGAUAUAGUUUCAUUGGAUAAAUGUUUAGAGUGGGAAGAAUUGUACAUUUUAUUUUGAUACAUAGUGUACUGUACAUGGAGAUAUUGAAUUUGUAAGUCACUCUGGAUAAGAGCGUCUGCUAAAUGACUUAAAUGUAAAUGUAAACAUUGCUUUAUAGUCCUGAACUAAAAAGCUAUGUUUAAUGUGCCAGGACUAGGCUUAAUCUGUGUCCGGAAUAACAGCCCUAUAAAAGCUUUUUAAGUCCAGGAAUAUGAGUAAUCUGGGUCCGGGAAACCAGCCCAUAAUGGAACAAACUUUGUGUUGGGCACUAACCGAGUCCACCUGUGUCUGCCAGGACCCAGCCCAGACGGUGGGCAGCAGUAACUGCAUCACUCUGAUGGAGGCGUCGGGUCCUACAGGAGAAGACCUCUACAUCAGCUGUACCAUGCCCUCCAUAGAACUAGGGACCGUAGGAGGAGGAACCAUCCUGGCACCACAGCAAGCCUGUCUGCAGGUAGGAACACACACACACACACACACACACACAUCAGUCAUGGUAAACAGUAUCUAGAUUAGAAUACAAUGUUAUAUAGACUGGAAUAUCAAUGUAUUGUGUACAUUAGAGUGCGUUUCAUUCCGUAAAAUAACCUCAUAGCAGACAUACAGUUAUCUAUUAAUAAUGUGUGAAACGUAUAAGCGAAACAUUAAAAGCUCUACAUAAAUACACACAUACAGUAAAUAUACAGUGGGGAAAAAAAGUAUUUAGUCAGCCACCAAUUGUGCAAGUUCUCCCACUUAAAAAGAUGAGAGAGGCCUGUAAUUUUAAUCAUAGGUACACGUCAACUAUGACAGACAAAAUUAGAAAAAAAAAUCCAGAAAAUCCCAUUGUAGGAUUUUUAAUGAAUUUAUUGGCAUAUGAUGGUGGAAAAUAAGUAUUUGGUCAAUAACAAAAGUUUCUCAAUACGUUGUUAUAUACCCUUUGUUGGCAAUGACACAGGUCAAACGUUUUCUGUAAGUCUUCACAAGGUGUUCACACACUGUUGCUGGUAUUUUGGCCCAUUCCUCCAUGCAGAUCUCCUCUAGAGCAGUGAUGUUUUGGGGCUGUCGCUGGGCAACACAGACUUUCAACUCCCUCCAAAGAUUUUCUAUGGGGUUGAGAUCUGGAGACUGGCUCGGCCACUCCAGGACCUUGAAAUGCUUCUUACGAAGCCACUCCUUCGUUGCCCGGGCGGUGUGUUUGGGAUCAUUGUCAUGCUGAAAGACCCAGCCACGUUUCAUCUUCAAUGCCCUUGCUGAUGGAAGGAGGGUUUCACUCAAAAUCUCACGAUAUAUGGCCCCAUUAAUUAUUUCCUUUACACGGAUCAGUCGUCCUGGUCCCUUUGCAGAAAAACAGCCCCAAAGCAUGAUGUUUCCAACCCCAUGCUUCACAGUAGGUAUGGUGUUCUUUGGAUGCAACUCAGCAUUCUUUGUCCUCCAAACAUGACGAGUUGAGUUUUUACCAAAAAGUUAUAUUUUGGUUUCAUCUGACCAUAUGACAUUCUCCCAAUCCUCUUCUGGAUCAUCCAAAUGCACUUCAGACGGGCCUGGACAUGUACUGGCUUAAGCAGGGGGACACGUCUCGCACUGCAGGAUUUGAGUCCCUGGCGGCGUAGUGUGUUACUGAUGGUAGGCUUUGUUACUUUGGUCCCAGCUCUCUGCAGGUCUUUCACUAGGUCCCCCCGUGUGGUUCUGGGAUUUUUGCUCACCGUUCUUGUGAUCAUUUUGACCCCACGGGGUGAGAUCUUGCGUGGAGCCCCAGAUCGAGGGAGAUUAUCAGUGGUCUUGUAUGUCUUCCAUUUCCUAAUAAUUGCUCCCACAGUUGAUUUCUUCAAACAAAGCUGCUUACCUAUUGCAGAUUCAGUCUUCCCAGCCUGGUGCAGGUCUACAAUUUUGUUUUUGGUGUCUUUUGACAGCUCUUUGGUCUUGGCCAUUGUGGAGUUUGGAGUGUGACUGUUUGAGGUUGUGGACAGGUGUCUUUUAUACUGAUAACAAGUUCAAACAGGUGCCAUUAAUACAGGUAACGAGUGGAGGACAGAGGAGCCUCUUAAAGAAGAAGUUACAGGUCUGUGAGAGCCAGAAAUCUUGCUUGUUUGUAGGUGACCAAAUACUUAUUUUCCACCAUAAUUUGCAAAUAAAUUCAUAAAAAAUCCUACAAUGGGAUUUUCUGGAUUUUUUUUUCUCAAUUUGUCUGUCAUAGUUGACGUGUACCUAUGAUGAAAAUUACAGGCCUCUCUCAUCUUUUUAAGUGGGAGAACUUGCACAAUUGGUGGCUGACUAAAUACAUUUUUUCCCCACUGUAUAUAUCUGCUGCAGAAGGUCACUGUCCAUACAGUAAAUAUCUAUAUAUGCUGCAGAAGAUCACUGUCCAUACAGUAAAUAUCUAUAUCAGCUGCAGAAGACCACUGUCCAUACAGUAAAUAUAUAUAUCUGCUGCAGAAGGUCACUGUCCAUACAGUAAAUAUCUAUAUCUGCUGCAGAAGAUCACUGUCCAUACAGUAAAUAUCUAUAUCAGCUGCAGAAGACCACUGUCCAUACAGUAAAUAUAUAUAUCUGCUGCAGAAGAUCACUGUCCAUACAGUAAAUAUAUAUAUCUGCUGCAGAAGAUCACUGUCCAUACAGUAAAUAUCUAUAUCUGCUGCAGAAGAUCACUGUCCAUACAGUAAAUAUAUAUAUCUGCUGCAGAAGAUCACUGUCCAUACAGUAAAUAUAUAUAUCUGCUGCAGAAGAUCACUGUCCAUACAGUGAAUAUAUAUAUAUCUGCUGCAGAAGAUCACUGUCCAUACAGUAAAUAUCUAUAUCUGCUGCAGAAGGUCACUGUCCAUACAGUAAAUAUCUAUAUCUGCUGCAGAAGAUCACUGUCCAUACAGUAAAUAUCUAUAUCUGCUGCAGAAGACCACUGCCCAUACAGUAAAUAUAUAUAUCUGCUGCAGAAGAUCACUGUCCAUACAGUAAAUAUAUAUAUAUCUGCUGCAGAAGGUCACUGCCCAUACAGUAAAUAUAUAUAUCUGCUGCAGAAUAUCACUGCCCAUACAGUAAAUAUAUAUAUCUGCUGCAGAAGAUCACUGUCCAUACAGUAAAUAUAUAUAUCUGCUGCAGAAUAUCACUGUCCAUACACUAAAUAUCUAUAUCUGCUGCAGAAGAUCACUGUCCAUACAGUAAAUAUAUGUAUCUGCUGCAGAAGAUCACUGUCCAUACAGUAAAUAUCUAUAUCUGCUGCAGAAGAUCACUGUCCAUACAGUAAAUAUAUAUAUCUGCUGCAGAAGAUCACUGUCCAUACAGUGAAUAUAUAUAUCUGCUGCAGAAGGUCACUGUCCAUACACUAAAUAUCUAUAUCUGCUGCAGAAGAUCACUGUCCAUACAGUAAAUAUAUGUAUCUGCUGCAGAAGAUCGCUGUCCAUACAGUAAAUAUAUAUAUCUGCUGCAGAAGAUCACUGCCCAUACAGUAAAUAUAUAUAUCUGCUGCAGAAGAUCACUGUCCAUACAGUAAAUAUCUAUAUCUGCUGCAGAAGACCACUGUCCAUACAGUAAAUAUCUAUAUCUGCUGCAGAAGACCACUGUCCAUACACUAAAUAUCUAUAUCUGCUGCAGAAGAUCACUGUCCAUACAGUAAAUAUCUAUAUCUGCUGCAGAAGACCACUGUCCAUACAGUAAAUAUCUAUAUCUGCUGCAGAAGAUCACUGCCCAUACAGUAAAUAUAUAUAUCUGCUGCAGAAGAUCACUGCCCAUACAGUAAAUAUAUAUAUCUGCUGCAGAAGAUCACUGUCCAUACAGUAAAUAUCUAUAUCUGCUGCAGAAGACCACUGUCCAUACAGUAAAUAUAUAUAUCUGCUGCAGAAGACCACUGUCCAUACACUAAAUAUCUAUAUCUGCUGCAGAAGAUCACUGUCCAUACAGUAAAUAUCUAUGUCUGCUGCAGAAGACCACUGUCCAUACAGUAAAUAUCUAUAUCUGCUGCAGAAGAUCACUGCCCAUACAGUAAAUAUCUAUAUCUGCUGCAGAAGGUCACUGUCCAUACAGUAAAUAUCUAUAUCUGCUGCAGAAGACCACUGUCCAUACAGUAAAUAUCUAUAUCUGCUGCAGAAGAUCACUGCCCAUACAGUAAAUAUCUAUAUCUGCUGCAGAAGGUCACUGUCCAUACAGUAAAUAUCUAUAUCUGCUGCAGAAGAUCACUGCCCAUACAGUAAAUAUAUAUAUCUGCUGCAGAAGGUCACUGUCCAUACAGUAAAUAUCUAUAUCUGCUGCAGAAGAUCACUGCCCAUACAGUAAAUAUAUAUAUCUGCUGCAGAAGACCACUGUCCAUACAGUACAUAUCUAUAUCUGCUGCAGAAGGUCACUGUCCAUACAGUAAAUAUAUAUAUCUGCUGCAGAAGACCACUGCCCAUACAGUAAAUAUCUAUAUCUGCUGCAGAAGACCACUGUCCAUACAGUAAAUAUCUAUAUCUGCUGCAGAAGACCACUUCCAUACAGUAAAUAUAUAUAUCUGCUGCAGAAGAUCACUGUCCAUACAGUAAAUAUAUAUAUCUGCUGCAGAAGAUCACUGUCCAUACAGUAAAUAUCUAUAUCUGCUGCAGAAGAUCACUGCCCAUACAGUAAAUAUAUAUAUCUGCUGCAGAAGAUCACUGCCCAUACAGUAAAUAUCUAUAUCUGCUGCAGAAGAUCACUGCCCAUACAGUAAAUAUAUAUAUCUGCUGCAGAAGAUCACUGUCCAUACAGUAAAUAUCUAUAUCUGCUGCAGAAGGUCACUGUCCAUACAGUAAAUAUAUAUAUCUGCUGCAGAAGACCACUGCCCAUACAGUAAAUAUCUAUAUCUGCUGCAGAAGACCACUGUCCAUACAGUAAAUAUCUAUAUCUGCUGCAGAAGAUCACUGUCCAUACAGUAAAUAUAUGUAUCUGCUGCAGAAGAUCGCUGUCCAUACAGUAAAUAUAUAUAUCUGCUGCAGAAGAUCACUGUCCAUACAGUAAAUAUAUAUAUCUGCUGCAGAAGAUCACUGUCCAUACAGUGAAUAUAUAUAUCUGCUGCAGAAGGUCACUGUCCAUACACUAAAUAUCUAUAUCUGCUGCAGAAGAUCACUGUCCAUACAGUAAAUAUAUGUAUCUGCUGCAGAAGAUCGCUGUCCAUACAGUAAAUAUAUAUAUCUGCUGCAGAAGAUCACUGCCCAUACAGUAAAUAUAUAUAUCUGCUGCAGAAGAUCACUGUCCAUACAGUAAAUAUCUAUAUCUGCUGCAGAAGACCACUGUCCAUACAGUAAAUAUCUAUAUCUGCUGCAGAAGACCACUGUCCAUACACUAAAUAUCUAUAUCUGCUGCAGAAGAUCACUGUCCAUACAGUAAAUAUCUAUAUCUGCUGCAGAAGACCACUGUCCAUACAGUAAAUAUAUAUAUCUGCUGCAGAAGAUCACUGCCCAUACAGUAAAUAUAUAUAUCUGCUGCAGAAGAUCACUGCCCAUACAGUAAAUAUAUAUAUCUGCUGCAGAAGAUCACUGUCCAUACAGUAAAUAUCUAUAUCUGCUGCAGAAGACCACUGUCCAUACAGUAAAUAUAUAUAUCUGCUGCAGAAGACCACUGUCCAUACACUAAAUAUCUAUAUCUGCUGCAGAAGAUCACUGUCCAUACAGUAAAUAUCUAUGUCUGCUGCAGAAGACCACUGUCCAUACAGUAAAUAUCUAUAUCUGCUGCAGAAGAUCACUGCCCAUACAGUAAAUAUCUAUAUCUGCUGCAGAAGGUCACUGUCCAUACAGUAAAUAUCUAUAUCUGCUGCAGAAGACCACUGUCCAUACAGUAAAUAUCUAUAUCUGCUGCAGAAGAUCACUGCCCAUACAGUAAAUAUCUAUAUCUGCUGCAGAAGGUCACUGUCCAUACAGUAAAUAUCUAUAUCUGCUGCAGAAGAUCACUGCCCAUACAGUAAAUAUAUAUAUCUGCUGCAGAAGGUCACUGUCCAUACAGUAAAUAUCUAUAUCUGCUGCAGAAGAUCACUGCCCAUACAGUAAAUAUAUAUAUCUGCUGCAGAAGACCACUGUCCAUACAGUACAUAUCUAUAUCUGCUGCAGAAGGUCACUGUCCAUACAGUAAAUAUAUAUAUCUGCUGCAGAAGACCACUGCCCAUACAGUAAAUAUCUAUAUAUGCUGCAGAAGACCACUGUCCAUACAGUAAAUAUCUAUAUCUGCUGCAGAAGACCACUUCCAUACAGUAAAUAUAUAUAUCUGCUGCAGAAGAUCACUGUCCAUACAGUAAAUAUAUAUAUCUGCUGCAGAAGAUCACUGUCCAUACAGUAAAUAUCUAUAUCUGCUGCAGAAGAUCACUGCCCAUACAGUAAAUAUAUAUAUCUGCUGCAGAAGAUCACUGCCCAUACAGUAAAUAUCUAUAUCUGCUGCAGAAGAUCACUGCCCAUACAGUAAAUAUAUAUAUCUGCUGCAGAAGAUCACUGUCCAUACAGUAAAUAUCUAUAUCUGCUGCAGAAGGUCACUGUCCAUACAGUAAAUAUAUAUAUCUGCUGCAGAAGACCACUGCCCAUACAGUAAAUAUCUAUAUCUGCUGCAGAAGACCACUGUCCAUACAGUAAAUAUCUAUAUCUGCUGCAGAAGACCACUUCCAUACAGUAAAUAUAUAUAUCUGCUGCAGAAGAUCACUGUCCAUACAGUAAAUAUAUAUAUCUGCUGCAGAAGCUCACUGUCCAUACAGUAAAUAUCUAUAUCUGCUGCAGAAGAUCACUGCCCAUACAGUAAAUAUAUAUAUCUGCUGCAGAAGAUCACUGCCCAUACAGUAAAUAUCUAUAUCUGCUGCAGAAGAUCACUGCCCAUACAGUAAAUAUCUAUAUCUGCUGCAGAAGACCACUGUCCAUACAGUAAAUAUAUAUAUCUGCUGCAGCCUAAACAGGCCUCAUUGUCUUCAUGUGAUUCCACUCCCACUGUGUUGCUGUAGAUGCUGGGCGUGCAAGGUGCCAGUCAGGAGUGCCCUGGGGAGAACGCCAGGCAGCUGGCCAGGGUGGUGUGCGGCACGGUGCUGGCAGGAGAGCUGUCCCUCAUGGCUGCCCUCGCCGCCGGGCACCUCGUCAAGAGUCACAUGACCCACAACAGGUGAGUGUUCAGGGAUAGUGUGACGAGCAGUGGAAUAUUUGUGGAAAUGUAGGGAUACAAAUGGUUUUAAUUGAAGAAGAAAAAAGCUACUCAGAUCUCCACUCUAUAUAGCUUAAAUGUAUAGAUAGAUUCUUGUCGUGUUUAUUCUGUCGUGUUUGUUCAUUAUUUUCUACAGGUCCAAGGUAAACCUGCAAGAAACAACCCCAGGCACCUGUACCAAGAAGGCAUCU